AUGCGAAAGCCUCGGAUCCUGAAGCCGGGCGACGGCACCAGCACCGGCGCUCGGCAGGCUCAGCCUGGGGCGGCGGAGGACGUUGUUGUGGUGGGUGCGGGGGCGGCAGGCCUCACGGCGGCCUACUUUGCAGCUCAAGCCGGCGCACAGGUGCUGGUGCUGGAGCGCACCCGGGAGGCCGGCAAGAAGAUACUCAUGAGCGGGGGCAGCAGAUGCAACAUCCUGCCGCUGGUGGCUGACCUGGACACCGACUUCUUCACAGAGUCGUCGCGCAGCGCACUGAGGGCCGCCUUCGCCACCUGGACGCUGGAGGGCGCCAAGGAGUGGCUUGAGGAUGACAUUGGUCUGGCCCUGGAGCUGGAGGAGGCCAACGCAAAGUGGUUCCCCGCCUCCAACUCUUCCCGUGACGUGAGGGACGCCCUGGUGGCGGCCUGCAGGCGGGCAGGGGUCCAGUUCAGGUACGACUCGAGCCUUGAGGGCCUGGAACAGUGCAGCAGCAGUAAAAGCAGCCGCAGCAGUAGCAGCGAUGAUGUCGGCGACAAUGACGGCAGAAACGGGGACAGCAGCAGCAACAGCAGCAGUCGCAAUAGCAGUAGCAGCGGGACUGAGGUGGGUGCAGCAGGGGAUGCAGGCCAGAUCGAAAUCGGGGGCAGCAGAGGUGCCAAUACUGGGGGCAAGGGCAAGCGCAAGCGUGUGACGGGCGGCGGCGCGGAGCGCUGCGACUGGGUGUGCCGCCUGGCAGGCGGCACUGGCGUGCGGGCGCGCACCGUGGUGCUGGCUACUGGGGGCCUGUCCUUCCCUGCUGUUGGGACGGACGGCACUGGCCACCGCAUCGUCGCGAAGCUGGGCCACUCGCUGGCGCAGCCCUACGCGGCCCUCACGCCCCUCCUGGGCCGCCACCCCGGGGGGGAGCAGCUGGCCGGCCUCACGCUGCCCUCUGUCAAGCUGUCAGCACACCGCGCCGCCCCGGCCCCCGCCGCCGAUGACGCGAGCGGCGCAUCAGGAAGCGGCGAAGGCGGCGGCCCGGGGGGCGGCAAGAAAGCCAAGGGCAAGGGGGGCAACAAGGGCGGCGGCGGCGGCGCGUCCGUGGCUGUGGCGCAGCGGGGCGGGUUCCUGUUCACGCACAAGGGUUACUCUGGGCCUGCGGUGCUGGACCUGAGCCACAGGGCUGUGGUGGCGCUGGAGAGGGGGGAGACGCCGCCAGUCAUCCGUGCCAACUGGACGGGUGACGCCCCCGAGGACUGGGACGCCCGCCUGCGCCAGGGGGGGCCGGCCCUGGUGGCCACCCUGCUGCAGCGGGGCGGGCUCAAGGAGCGCCUGGCCCUGGCACUCUGCAGCGCACUGGGCAUCACGGGGCGCACGGCGGCACAGCUGCGCAAGGAGGAGCGUGCCGCGCUGGUGUCGGCCCUCACGGCCUACCCCCUGGACCUCACGGGGCACGAGGGCUACAAGAAGGCCGAGGUCACCGGCGGCGGGGUGCCCCUCAACCAGAUCAACUGCCGCACGGGGGAGAGCACGGUGCUGCCGGGCCUCUUUUUGUGUGGUGAGAUCGUCGACGUCUUCGGCCGCAUCGGGGGGUUCAACUUCCUGUGGGCAUGGAUAUCCGGCCGCGCUGCGGGGCUGGGGGCCGCGGCGGCGGCCGCCGAAGCAGCUGCCGUGACGGGGGCGGCGGCGGAGAGGUUGCCGGUGCGAGGCGAGCCGUAA